CUUGACGAUUUGAGAAACGUCAGUGAGGAGUGUUGGAGGAAGUUUGUGUCUUGACUGCAGCGGUGGGUGGCGACGCUCGAGACACGGUAAUGCGGAAUACGUUGUUCCCGUGACAUUGUUAUGAUACUGUACGACUAUAAUUACACUGUGGUUACGUCCAGUGUGAAAUUUGUAGCAUGCCACGCAGGCAGCUAGCAGCUCCAUUGAAAAUAAACUUGAACCUUGUACGUGGUUGCCGACCACUCAAUGUGAUACUUUAACAUCUAGUACUUUUUUUAUUUUACUUUUUUGGGUGGGGAUGACGAUAAGGUUUUUGAGGUACCUGCGGGGCAGCGGGAGGGUCCUGGGGUUUGUGUUCGUGGCUUCUGUCAUUUGGCUGCUGCUGGACAUGGCUGCCCUCCGCCUCUCCAUCGGCGACGUCAACAGCCGGCUAGUGAAUGAGAGAACGAUCCGGGAGCAGGAGAUGGUCAGGCGGCCGGACAAAGUUUCGGACAGUUCGGACUUCAAACCCGUCAGAGUCUACAGACGGUACACGGGAAAAGAGCAGAUGACAGGACGGGACAAAAAGAACCUCCAAGGAGAUCCUGGUGAGAGUCAACCAGAAUUCGCUGUUAAAAAGCCUGUGUCUAUGAUUGACACAUCACUUUUGGAAAACAACAUGGUAAAUAAUGACUCCAUUGCACUAAGACGCAGUGUCGAGACAGAGAUAAUCAAACCUGUGAAGACCGCUCCAAACACGAGCGUUCAAGCGUUCAAUCCGCACCAGGUUGUGAAGGAAGAACUUCCCGUUCAAACAACACACAAUGCGUCUUCGGUGAAGAAGGAGAAACAAAUGGAAGACUUUCCCGGUCAAGGAACAAAUCAUGCGUCUUUGCUGAAGGAGGAGAAACAAAUUGAAGAACUUCCCAUUCAUGGAACACACAACGUGCCUUCAGUAAAGGAGGGGAAAGAAAUUGGAGAGAUGUUAGAAAACAACUCAAUAAUAGUCCAUGUCAAUGACACCCAUGCCGUAAAGGCAGGUGUCCACCAGGUGCUUUCCCUCGACCUGACCGCUGCCCCCAGAAAUCUCAAUGCCGUCGGUCAGUUCGGCCAGGCGGCGGUAGUUCCCAGCGAUAAGGAGUUGGUGGCGCACCAGAGGUGGAACGAGGGCUAUUUUAACGUCUACCUGAGCGACCAGAUCCCAGUGGACCGCGCCGUUCCCGACACCAGGCCUGAGAUCUGUGCCCGCAACGUGGUCCACGAUGACCUGCCGACCACCAGCGUGAUCUUCUGCUUCGUGGACGAGGUGUGGUCCACCCUUCUGCGCUCCGUACACAGUGUCCUCAAUCGAUCGCCGCCGCACCUCCUCAAGGAGAUCAUCCUUGUGGAUGACUUCAGCAAAAAAGUCUACCUAAAGGAUAAUCUUGACAAGUACAUGGCUAACUUCCCCAAGGUCCGAAUCAUUCACCUGAAGGAGCGCCAAGGUCUUAUCAGGGCCCGGAUGGCUGGAGCGGCUAUUGCUAAAGGUGAGGUUUUCACUUUCCUUGACUCGCACGUUGAAUGCAACGUGGGUUGGCUGGAGCCUCUGCUAGAGCGCAUUUACCUGGAUCGCAGGAAGGUACCCUGUCCGGUCAUCGAAGUCAUUAGCGAUCAGGACAUGAGUUACAAACUGGUUGACAACUUCCAGAGAGGCAUUUUCAAAUGGCCUCUGGUGUUUGGCUGGAGCGCCCUAUCAGACAAGUACGUUAAGAAGAACAAUAUGACCGUGGCUGAUCCUAUCAGAUGCCCCGUAAUGGCUGGAGGACUUUUCUCCAUCGAUAGAAAAUACUUCUAUGAACUUGGCGCCUACGAUCCAGGCCUGGAAGUGUGGGGUGGGGAGAACAUGGAGAUUUCCUUUAAGAUCUGGAUGUGUGGGGGCGAAAUCGAGAUCAUCCCCUGCUCCCGAGUGGGCCACAUUUUCCGAGAGCAGAACCCAUACCAAUUCCCCAAGGACCGGCACAAGACGGUGGAGCGCAACUUGGCAAGGGUGGCCGAAGUGUGGCUGGACGAGUACAAGGAGCUUUUCUACGGCCACGGCUACCAUCACCUGCUGGACAACCGCUUAAUCGACAUAGGCAACCUCACCGAGCAGAUCCAGCUGAGGGACAGGCUCAAAUGCAAGAGCUUCAAGUGGUACUUGGACAACGUGUAUCCAGAGUUGGAGGCUCCUUUAGUCAAAGCUGAGGGCCUGGUCUUCAAUCGAGGUUCAAGAAAUUGCCUUUCGGUGCGGAAACGCGUUCUCAAUUUUGAGAAGUGUGAUCUUAGCAAGCAGAGUCAGCACUUUAACUACACCUGGCUGAAGCACCUCCGCCAACAGGAUCUGUGUCUCGCACCUCAUGUCACGGAAAGCAGUUUGAGUUUACAGCCGUGUGACCGCAACCACGCCGUGCUCCGCUGGCUGCACAAAUCCUCCAAGUUACCACUGCCCGAGCACUUGAUAGCUGAGAAGUCCUCCAAACAAAUGUGCCUGGAAGCUUCCCCGAGAGGUAACCUGAUUCGCCUCACCACCUGCGUUGCUGACAAUCCCUUCCAGCAAUGGCAGUUUACAAACUACUACUCCGAUUGAAGAGCAACAACGUUCUGGUAAACGUGUAGUAGAACAUGCCUUCAGCUUUGGAAAAAGCUGUUUGAGCAUUUUUUCCAUAUUAUCGCUGUUGGGCCGAAUCCUCACAUCUCUAAAAUCCCUACUUUUCAGGAAAUUUAAAAAAAAGAUGGCAACUUGCUUGAGUUGCCAAACACGUCAUCGUUCAAGUUGGUAUUAUAACAUAUUGAUAUCAUAUAUCAUUGCGUGCCAACAUCAACAGACCACCACCCAAAAAUCAUGUUCAUUAGUAGUUUAAUAUUUAAUACUUCAACGACUGUGGUUAGAUCAUCUCCCCAAAUGCGUAUUUCAAAGGUUUAAGAGACAUGAUUGAUGCAAUUAAAAAAAAAUAAUAAUAAUAAAAAUUAUGAGCUAAAUAGGCGGAAAUUAAUCUGCACACAGACUUACCGUUGUGGCUGGUGUUUCCUUUUGCACUGAAGCAUUACAGCUGUCCAUUAAAAAAAACCAAAAAACAGGCUUCCUCAAAUGUAUGUAAUGGCAUUUCAAUCUCGAGGUUAAAUUUGGUUAAGGUUAAGAGGAUACCGAUUAAAUGCUCAAAUUAUAAAGAAAGAGUGAGUGAGUGAGUGAAUGAGUUAGCGAGCAAGCAAAUAAUUUGUUUAAAGCAGGGACAGUGGAAAUGUGCAAUGUUUUCAUGACCUUUUUAUACAAAUGUCUGUAUUUUCCUUAUGACACUUUGGUUUCUUUAAACUUAAACCCAAUUGCCUGUGCUGGACUUUUUCACAUUUUACAAAAAGCUUCACACAAUAUGUAGCAUACUGAAAAUUAAGACCAACUAUGUGCCUGGUUUGUAUCCUGUGAAUGUCUGGGACUAAAUAAUGAUGAUUGAAUACAAUUUGUUUAAAACGUGUCAAACGGGUAAGAGCCAAGCUGUCAUUUUUAAGAUGUGGUUUACUUGAGGUCUUCUGUGGUUUUUUGAAUGCUGCAUCAUUUGGGCGGUGGGAAUGUUUUUGUACUAUUGCGCCUUUGUCACUAGAGGGAGGUGUUUGCAUGAAGAGAUUAGAGAGCCUCUCACAAUGACAAUCUCAUGCAGGAAAAAUAAAUUGCUCUUUUGUUUUGUUUUGGAAAACCGUGCAAAUAAAAAGACCACAGAUCAAGAUUAAAAA